AUGACGCUGGUAGAUAAAUACGCUCUGCUCCCCGAGGAGAUUGACCGGCAAAGUCUGUUGAUGGUUGCUGACAGCCUGCGGGACAGCGCUUCCACCGGAAACCUUACAGACGAACAGCGAUAUGUGCUGCAUCGCAUCGUACGCGCGGAAGGCGAUCCCGAAAUUGCCGCUGACGUUCGGUUCAGUUCGACCGCAAUCGAAUCUGCAAUUGCUUCAUUGAGGCACACCAAACGUGUGGUUACCGACGUCCGCAUGGUCCAGGUCGGGAUGUCCCGGGCCGCACUCGCCAAAAACGGCGUUGAAACUUCGUGCCUGAUCGACGCCCCCGAGGUCGCCGACCGGGCGCGUCGCGAAGGCACGACGCGCAGCGUAGCGGCAGUUCGGGAGCUGGCGCCUCAAAUGGACGGCGCAGUUGUCGCCAUCGGGAACGCGCCCACCGCGUUGUUGGCGCUUCUCGACCUUAUUGAUGCCCAACAGGUGGCGCCGGCGGUGGUGAUCGGAAUGCCGGUGGGGUUCGUGGCAUGUCCAGAAUCAAAACAGGAAUUGGCCGCGCGUAAUAUACCGCACAUCACGAUCCUGGGGCGACGGGGCGGUAGUUCUGCAGCGGCAGCCACAGUAAACGCUUUGCUGGAUUUGUUGGGAGGUUGUCCCAACACCCCCGUGGGGUUGAGAGAGGUUGCCAGACGGCUUGCCACCGACCUGGAAAACGAUGUAUCGCAAAUAAUUGUGUCCUGCCUGGAGUUCCUGCCUCCGCAUCCUCCGGAGGCCGUCUCGAUACUGGCCGACAGUGGUGUCAACCGCGUGGUCGUCGCGCCCUAUUUGUUGGGCAACGGAAAACACGCCACACUGGAGAUGGAGGAAGAAUUGCCCCUCGUACGGGACCGCAUCGCCGCGCUUCCGGACGGCGCAGCAGAGCCUACAGACGGGAAACCCAUCGGGGUGCUGAUCGUUAAGGCCGGCACCCAAACGCGAUACGACGAUUGCGCCUGGUUGAAGGAACUCGGAAGUUGGGUAGAACGCGAUUUGGGCAGUGGUUUCGCGGUUACCGUGGCCCAAUCCCACUACGGCGACCCCACAAUGGAGCACGCCGUCGCCGAGCUGGUGAAGGAAAGGAACGUGGGAAGCCUGAUCUGCGUACCGUAUAUUUUCUUUCCAGGACUUAUUUUGCAGCGCAAUGUUUUGGGUACUAUGGCUAAACUCCGCGAGGAAUACCCCCACGUUCCCAUGUGGGUUGCCCCACCGUUGGGUGUGGACGACAGGUUGGUUGCGGUGGCCAGCGACCGAGUUCGCGCAGCAAAGGCACUCUCCUGA